UUAUUCUAGUUAGAACUACAGUAAUAAUACAGUUCGAAGUCUAGACGCACGCGUUCACAAUUCGCUGUACUGUGUAACAUGAUCGUGUUAUUAGUGGUCCUUAUAAUAAUUUUUGUUUAUUUCUAUGGCACCAGAAACCAUGACUAUUGGUCAAAGAGAAAUAUUAAACAUGAUCCACCAGUACUGUUUAUUGGUAAUCAUUUUCGAAAUCAGUUCGCAUUGAAGAGUAUUACUGAUAUCGCUGUUGAAUUAUACAACAAAUAUCCCAAGGAAAAAGUCGUCGGAUACUACAGAUGGAGUGAACCAGAACUCAUAAUAAGAGAUCCCGAAAUUAUUAGACAUAUUAUGAAUGUAGAUUUCGUGUAUUUUUAUCCUCGAGGCCUUGGAAGAAAUCCCAAAGUGGAUUCUCUGCUGGCUAACUUAUUUCACGCCGAUGGUGACACUUGGAAACUUCUGAGGCAACGUAUGACGUCCGCAUUUACGACAGCGAAAUUAAAAAAUAUGUUCCCGUUAGUAGUGAAAUGUGCAGAGAAAUUGCAGGUGGUUGGUAAAGAUAUCGUAUCUUGCGGAGGAGAGUGUGAUGUACGUGAGCUGAUGGCGCGGUUCACCACGGAGUUCAUUGGAGCUUGCGGGUUUGGAAUUGAAAUGGACACCAUCAAUAACGAACACUCACUAUUUCGAGACUUGGGUAAACUAAUUUUUAAUCGAACAAUAACUGAUAUUAUAAAGAUAAUGAUAUGGGAGGGUUUCCCUAUAUCCAGAAAUUAUUUACCUAUUAUCAAUUCUGAUAUAGAAAAUAUCAUAACUGAUAUUGUUACAAAAAUAAGGGCUCAAAGAAAUUACAAACCUUCUGGUCGCAACGAUUUUAUAGAUUUAUUAUUAGAACUGGAAAGCAAGGGUAAAAUUAAAGGUGAUUCUAUCGAGAGACGAAAUCCUGAUGGUACUCCAAUAGAAGUAGAAAUGGAGAUGAAUCUAAAGUGUAUGGCAGCACAAGUAUUCAUAUUUUUUGCAGCAGGAUUUGAAACUUCGUCCUCGGCUACAAGUUACAUGUUGCAUGAAUUAGCUUACAAUCCAGAUAUCCAAUCUAAAAUUCAAGCAGAAAUUGAUCAAGUGUUGUUAAAAUACGAUAACAAGUUAUGUUACGAUGCAAUAGCAGAGAUGUCUCUACUGGAUAUGUCCUUCAAGGAAGCAAUGAGGAUUUUUCCCUCUCUUGGGAAUUUGAACAGAGUGUGCGCCAAACGAUAUACGAUUCCGGAUCUAAAUAUCACCAUAGAUCCGGGAGUCAAGAUUAUAAUUCCAAUUGAAGCGAUUCAGAAUGAUGAGAAGUACUUCGAUAACCCCACAGAGUUCAGACCCGAAAGGUUUACGCCUGAAGCGGUAAAAAGUCGUCAUCACUACACGUACUUACCAUUUGGAGAAGGACCACGGGCAUGUAUUGGAGCUCGCCUGGGCCACAUGCAGUCUCUGGCUGGUUUAGCUGCCGUCCUGCGCACCUUUACCGUCGAACCGUCGGAAGCCACUCUUCGACGACCCGUUGUCAACCCGCGCUCCAAUGUCGUGCAAGGAGUUAAAGGAGGACUUCCAUUGAAAUUAAGACUCCGAUGAGAUAUCAGCUAAAUAAUCUCUUUCCUGGCUAUUGUAAAUUUUAUAGUUGAUUUAGUGUACAUAUUUUUUUUUUUUUUUGGAAUUUUGUAUAGUAUUGAUCAAUUAAUCAAAAUUUUAUAGAUACGACAAAACUAGUCAAGUCAUUAUAAUAUAAUGGAAUAAAACCUGUGGAAAUAUUAAAGAUCGACAAGAUUAAUCAUGAUGGUGAUGUAAGUACCUACUUAUCUUUACUUAUAUAAAAGACAUAUAAAAAUUCUGGCAGCACACCUGCAAUGCCGUUGGUGUUGUGGGUGAUCAUGGGCGGCGGUAGUCACUUACCAUCAGGUGAGCCGCAUGCUCGUUUGCCCACUGUGUUGUAAA